CACAUGCAUUGCGUGUAGUCAUCGCCAUAGCGAAGUGCUUUUCCACCGAGUGGCUUAACGUACGACUCUGGCAGGAGUGAUAAAGAAACCAUGAAUUCACCAGUCGCUUAUUUCAUUUUCUAUAUCCUGGUGCUACAGCUGAUUUCUGCUGCUAAUGGAUCCACUGCAAACUUGGUGCCAGAAUCACAGCAGAAUGGCCCUAGAGAAACAUCAUCACCCAGCACCGGGACUGAUCCAGAUUCAGUUCAUAGCACACCUUCUCAUAAGUCCAGCAGUACCGUAGGCCAGGAAAUACUGUCCAAUAGUACACAUGAUGGAAGCAUCUUCACAGCCUUCUCAAGACAAGACAGCUCCAACGCAACCGAAGAUGAUGCUAACAGCAUGCCUACGGAAACGAGCCCUUUGAACACUGAAACACAGAAAUCUGCUGCAACUGAGCCGGGAGACACUACACAAGAGGUGUCCACAGAAAAAGCUCCAAAAAUUCAAACGAUUGCGGCUGUGAAACCUGACUUAGUGCCAGGGAGUACUGCAGCCCCACAAGAAGGCGAUAGUGCUGGCAUUGUGACAUUGCUCGUCAUUCUAUUUUCCAUUAUAAUAUUAAUGUGUGUUAUUUAUUUUCUGCACAAGAAAUCAAAGAGUUAUUCUUUUGACCUGCAUCACAAAAUCGGUGAAGAGGCUAGCAUACCUUUAAACACUGUGGACCAAGACGGAUCAUUUCAACCCACAUUACCCAAAGAAGACAGUCCAGCGACUGUUCACCGAGCGGCAGAGGAAAACACCGCGAACAACAUCACUGUCGGCUCAUCACCCAACGGGUCUACAUCUGAGAAUACUGCACCAACCUUGGAUAUUGCCGCAGAUGAUGCAAACCCUGAGAAGCCUCCGAGUGAGGACAGUUUUGGCUCUCAGGUUCCCCUGAGUCCCAUUGAAGGGCCGGGGACCUUCACCCUGGAUCUCAAUGACAUGGACAUUGACCUGAACCGCUCCACCCACACCUCUGUGGAGUCCCUGGGAGAGCAGCAGAAUGGGAACAACAACAACAUGGCCACCGGGGACACUGCCGGCGAGGAUUCUGCCCAGGCCGACCUGAACAAGGACUACACGGAGAUUGGGAUUGAUGAGACUGCAUAAGCGUGGUCACCCGACCUGGCCCUGUACCCCCGUCCACAUGUGCAUAAAGACAGGACGUCAGGAAGGAGGAAGGGCAGCUGAAUGACUGGGAUCUGGUCUCUCCGUGGGUUUCAGCCACUAGCUGCAAAUGUACAGUUUUCUUACACUCUCAGAAAUAAAGGUAUGAAAAGGUAUAAAAAGGUACAAAUGCUUAUUACCCUAUAGCUACAUGAAAUUGUACCCCUAGCCAGCAAUCAUUUGUAAAACAAAAUUUUGCUUGGAAAAGACUUAUUUGAAGAACUAAAAUGUACCUCCACUGUCAUUUUAUUUCUGAGGGUGUACCAUUAGUUGCUUGUUGCAAAUUGCCUUUCAUUCAUAUUGCUUAGCUUAAUUCUGAUGUGCAGGUACCAGUCAAAGUUAAACUAAAAAUAGUCCUCCAUGUGGUGUCAUUGUCCACUAAUAUGACUGUACUUGUAUUAUGAGGGUGACUGCAGGUUAAGUCUACAUGAAACUACAUGGAUACUACAUGAAAAAGCAAUAGCACCUGUUUUUUUUAACGCCAUUUUGAAGGAUGCCUGUGAUGAUUAAUUAAGAUUAAUUAAUUGAGAAUUACAGCUAACAUGCUAUGCGUCAUAAUACAACAUAAAAUGCCUUGUGUCAAUUCAACUCUGAUACAUAUGAGGUCAGUCCAUAUAGUCCAAUAAGAUUUAACACAGCAUUGUACUGUGUAUCCAGUGUGUUUGAGGAAGCAAAACAUUUGUGAUGUGUAUUUAGCAAUGGCUGUGUGUUUUCUAUAUUUGUAAUAAUAGGUUUUUUUUUAAUUGUCUAUGAGAUGCAAAUUUGUAUUCAAUAUGGUUAGUAGUAUAUUAGUAGUACAUCUUACAUUGUGUUAUAUGAAUGAAAACAAUGGCAGGCUUUUCAAUAACUUGUUAAAAGAGCCUCUUUAUUACACUGUAAAUAAGUCUGUUCUUCCAUUUACUAUUUUUGUUAAACUGAAUUGAUGUAUAGCAUAGGUACCAUUUGAUCUGUGGACAUGUUUGAAGCCAUAAAUUUCAUGUUUCUCCUAAGGAA